CUCGGCAAGAUCGCGGCGUCGCGCGGUCCCUCAGGUCUCCCACGCCCCCAGUACCCACCGGCUCCGGGUUCCGCGAGCACGGAGUUCCGCGCUGGGAAGAAGCGGCGGGCGGCUGCGGAACCCUGAUUGCUUUCUUCAACAUGUUCAUUAUGAAGUUAUUAGCAAUACUUUUACUUUCUGGACUUGUAACUAAUUGUAGAGGUAAUUCUUCCUACGUUUCUCCACCCAAGUUACUACUGGUGUCCUUUGAUGGCUUCAGAGCUGACUAUCUGCAAAACUAUGACUUUCCUCAUCUCCAGAAUUUUAUCAAAGAAGGUGUCUUGGUAGAGCAUGUCAAGAAUGUUUUUAUCACAAAAACAUUUCCAAACCACUACAGUAUUGUGACAGGCUUGUAUGAAGAAAGCCAUGGCAUUGUCGCUAAUUCCAUGUAUGACGUGAUCACAAAGAAACAUUUUUCUGACUACGAUGACAAGGAUCCUUUCUGGUGGAAUGAAGCAGUACCUAUUUGGGUGACCAAUCAGCUUCAGGAAAACAGAUCCAGUGCCGCUGCUAUGUGGCCUGGUACUGAUGUGCCCAUUCACAAUAUCACACCUUCUUAUUUUAUGAAUUAUAACUCUUCUGUGUCGUUUGAGGAGAGACUUAAUAAUGUUACCAUGUGGCUGAGCAAAUCGAACCCACCAGUCACCUUUGCAACACUCUAUUGGGAAGAACCUGAUGCCAGUGGCCACAAAUUCGGACCUGAAGAUAAAGAAAACAUGCGCAGAGUGUUGAAAGACAUAGAUGACCUUAUUGGUGACCUAGUUUACAAACUGAAGACAUUAGGACUGUGGGAAAAUCUUAAUGUGAUCAUUACAAGUGAUCAUGGGAUGACCCAGUGUUCUAAGGACAGAUUGAUAAACUUGGAUCUCUGCAUUGACCGUUCAAACUACACUCUUAUAGAUUCAACCCCCAUUGCUGCGAUACUUCCCAAAAUAAAUAGAACAGAGGUUUAUAACAAACUGAAAAUGUGUAACCCUCACAUGAAUGUUUAUUUCAAAGAAGACAUUCCUGCCAGAUUUCAUUACCAACAUAAUGAUCGGAUUCAACCUAUUAUUUUGGUUGCUGAUGAAGGCUGGACAAUUGUGCUGAAUAAAUCCUUAACGAGAUUAGGUGACCAUGGUUAUGACAAUUCUUUACCGAGUAUGCAUCCGUUUCUAGCUGCUCAUGGUCCUGCAUUUCACAAAGGCUACAAACAGAGCACAAUUAACACUGUGGACAUUUAUCCAAUGAUGUGCCAUAUCUUGGGAUUAAAACCACAUCCUAAUAAUGGAACCUUUGGUCAUACCAAGUGUUUGCUAGCUGACCAGUGGUGUAUUAAUCUCCCAGAAGCUAUUGGAAUUGUUAUUGGUGCACUGUUGAUCUUAACCACCUUAACAUGCCUCAUAAUAAUCAUGCAGAAUAAACUAUCUGUACCCCGUCCAUUUUCCAGACUUCAGCUACAAGAAGAUGAUGAUGAUCCUUUAAUUGGGUGACAUGCUGGGGUUCAUACAAAGUGUCUUUGAUUACUCAUGAAACCAAGGAUUCUCCCAAAGAAAGGGGUUAUUACUAUGAAAAGGUAUACUUUGAAAGAUAAAGAACGUAUACCAAGCAUGCUAAAAUUAUUUUUUCAUUGUGUUUUGUGUUUGGUUUCACUGCAUUUUAAUAUAAGUAAUCCUGACUACAGUAAAAGUUUCUAGUAAAUCAUUACUUAAUACCAAUUAUUUCUCAAACUAGUAACGUUUUAUGAGAAAAAUACUGCCUCUGCCUGUUGUUUUUUUUUUUUUUGUAUGUGUGUAUGUGUGAAGGUAUAAUACAUCUUUAGAUAAAAAUAUACCAAAAUUAAAUAGGCAUGCUUUUAUGCCUAUAUGACUUCUAUAUUUGUAUGUGAAAUAAUAGAAAUCCUCACUCAAUUAGUAGAUUUUAUAUAUCAGGGGGAAAAACUUUCCUAUAUUUUUAUAUUAAUAAAUAGAGUUAGUUUAAUAGAGUUUGUAUCCCAAGAAAACUCUUAAGGUAGGCUACUCUUUGUGGUUAACAAAAUCUGUUAGUCACACAAAAAAGAUCUAGCAUACAAAGAAAUUUUUUGAGGAAAUCUAUUAUUAAAAAAAAAGGAAAACUAUAUAAUCCAAAGCCGGAGCCUUCACCAUUGUGUCUUUAUUAAGACCCUUAAGUUAUUUAAAUCUCAACAGUUAUAUCUUUUGGAGAUUAUUGCUAAUGUGAUAUUUUAAGAAAAUGGGGAAAAUGUGAUUUCUCUACUUGUGCUUACUGCUUUUGUGUAAGUUUUCAGUUGUGUGUGUGUGUGUGUGUAUGUGUGUAGUGUGUCUGAGUGUCCCAGUAUACGGAAUUCAUAUGACUGACAGGAGGUGAAAGGUGAACUGUGCAGUAGGCAGGCUUCCACAUUCCGUAGAUCAGCUCUCAGGACAGGUUCCAUUUGCACUUCAUAUUGUUUACUUUCUUCUGACUCACCAAUUAAAGUCACAGUUUUUAAAAAGUAUUAAUUUUGGGGGCCUCCCCUGGUGGCGCUGUGGUUGAGCACUGGGCUGCGAGGCUGCCCGCAGCCUCUGCAGCGCCAGUUUGUUCCCCUGCCGCCUACGAGGGUCCCACGAAAAAAAAAAAAAAGUAUUAAUUUUUGUUACCAUUUUUAACUUUCUCAUGUUUAUGUAGCCAGAGGUAUCCAAGUGCUACAAAAAAAUUGAUGAUAUGAAUGCAAAUCUGGUUUUGAUUGGAUCAGAAUGAGGAAGAGAGGUUUUUACAUUUGUCUUUCAAACUCCUAUGCCUUACUUUUUCAGCAAUGAAGUAAUUUUAAAAAAUUAAAUUCAAUUUGGUAUCUUUUGAUCUGUUACAUUAUUCAUAUGGUAAGUACAGAAUAACCUCUCGGCACUCUGGUGAUAUUCUGUGGCCUUAGUGCUGCCUAUACUUCAUUCUCCAAUAUUUGAUUCAUAGAAAUAAUUGCUCUCCUCACACAUUUUUAACAUACUUGUUCAGAGCCAUGGAUUUGUUGUAAAGAACUGUCACCCUACCUUUGCUAGGUGGUACCUUAUAAUAAUCAGAAUAUGAAGAAACUGAAUUGUGACACUUUAGAUUGCACCUUAUAGAGAGAAAAUUGGGCUCAGGAACCAUUCAUCAGCACCUGAGGAGUGCAAUUACUAGUAAGAGUGUGAACUUAAAGUUUGACAAUAGAAAAUAAACUGUAAGUGUUUGGCAAAUACAAAAAUCAUCUGCAAUAAAUAUGCAGUCCAGUUAAAUGUUGAUUCUUUGUGAUAGUAAAGAACAAUGGGGCCAGUUAACAAACAUGUCAUUCAUUCUGUUUGGUCACUGCUAAUUUCCUGAUCCUGGUAUUUGGUGCCUGGUAAGAAGCAUUUCCAUAGCCUGCAUAAAUAAUUCAUGCAAUUGGUCAUAAGUUGACUGUAUUUAGACCAACAAAAUAAAUAAAUGAAAUGAAACUGAUAAGCCAGUUUUGCUUUUUGACAGAUUUUAAUUCUGACAUUUUUUUCCCCUCACAUAAAAGGUAUCCUAAAAGUUAAUCGUUGAUCUGAACUAAGUGAGACUUCUUCCCACUUCAAUUUCCAUUGAAAAAAAUAAAUAAAAAGAAAGAACAGAACAGUCACAUUUAAAGCAAUGGACAUUUUUUGAGAUGUUGAAAACAGUGGCAGGAAAUCUUGAGAAGAGCUUAUUCCUUGCAGUGGUAGGCAUUUCAAUAAUCAAUCACAUUAGCUCGAAUGUGGCUUGAGUUUCAGAAAUCUAUACAUGGCCGUCCAACCUAAAUGAACUUUAUAGAAUAACGUGGAAUAGGAAGGAAUGCCCUGUCAGUGCCUUAAUGCUUUGAAUAGAAGAUAUUUACCUGUUUGUCCUGUAUUUCAUUUUAUUCUCCAAAUACUAACUCUAAUGAAAAUUGUAAAUUUUGUAUGUAUAUGUUGAUAGGACAAGAACAGUAUUUAUUUAAUCAAGGAGAAGUCUGUGUAUUAUAAAUUGAACUUGGUUCCUUCAUUUGUAUCUUUAAAAAAUCACCCUGCAAGCCAACGAGUCCUCUAGCACACUGAGAACCUUUUAGUAAAGCGAGUCUCGUCUAUUAAGGUUUGGUGUGUAUUUUGUUAAAUAACUGACUGAUAUGCUGCUGUGUUUUUUGGGUGGUGGAAAGUAUUUGGUUCCAGAAAAAGCAUACCUACUUAUGAAAACAAAACUCAAAGAUAAUAGAAAUUAUUUUUAUUAAGUGUUUUGUUGUUGUUGUUGUUAAUUCAGAGAAUGCUUUCAGGAUACAUGUAUUUACUUCUAACAUGGGAACCAUUCUGUUUCUGUGAUUUCUAAACAGCAAUAGAAUAAAAAUUACUUUAAUUCUCUGCAUUAUAGGCUCUGUGUUAUUGUAACAGUAAGCUUGAAAUAAGAAUUUAAAGAUAAAUUCUUGGAACAUUAAAGGAUAAAACAUGCCUUUGUAUUGUUCUUGAGUGUCUCUUCCCUUGCCCACAUCUGGUAAGCUUUAAGGAUGAUUACAUGUAUUUCCUUUUAUAGGAGGGUUUUAUUUUAUUGUGAAUACAUAAAAAUAUACAUGAAGGACAAAUAUGAGAUAGAAUGUGUGUAUUUAUUGUCAUUUCUUAAAAUAGUAUGUAAAUAAAGUGUCAUGAAUGUGCUUCAAAGAAAUUGGUAUGUAGUGCCUUAAGUUGAAGUAGAAUAUAUUUUGGCUACAUUGUUUGAAUAGUUGAUGACUUUGCUUAUGAUUAAAAAAUUGUAUGUGAAUAAAAUUACCAAAACAUUUAAUAAAAACCUC